ACCAGAAGAUAUGUUGCACAGCGUCGACCAAACGAUUUUGUAACGAUACGAAAUAUGAACAACCAGCUACGCAUGGUAUCGUUACAGUAAAUACACUUUACUACUAACAGAUUUAGACAAAUGUACGUUGAAAAACGUUAUAUAAAUGUUUAAUUAUCGUUAAAUGUAUUCGCUUACGUUAUUUGGAGACAGAUAAAGUGCAUUCAUUCAUUUGUUUUUGAAAAAGCAUUAGUCGGUGUUAACUUUUGGACGUAGUUACGUUUUUUGAGGAAAGUGCUACUAAAUGUUCAGAGCAUGAACAACUCUCACUUAAAAGCUUAAAGCGAAGUUUAGCUCUUGUGUUGCGUGGUUUGUUUUUAGUGAGUAAGUAUACGUCAAGUAGCCUUUGACAGAGCAGGCAUGGCCAACAGCAACAGUGUAGACAUGGAUCCAGAUGUUGCUCGCAGGCUGUUUGAGGAGGGAGCUACCCUGGUGCUGCUGGGUGUUCCUCAGGGUACAGAGCUGGGGAUUGACUGCAAAAGUUGGCAGGUUGGUCCCCGCUUCAAGGGUGUGAAGAUGAUUCCCCCAGGCUUGCACUUCCUCCACUACUGCGCUGCUAACCUGCCAAGCUGUGGAGGCGAAAUUGGCCCAAAGACAGGCCUCUUCCUCACUCUCAAACCCAAAGACAUCCUGUUGGCCAGCUGGGAUCCGAAAGAAGAAGAUCUGGACUUCUCAGCCUCCCAGAACGAAGAAGAGGUGAGCCGGAUCAGGGCUACCUUGCAAGACCUGGAUCCUCACCUGGGGCCCUAUCCUUAUGAGGUGAUGAGGAAAUGGGUGUCCCUCACUGACCGUCUGAGUGAGGAGGUGGCCAAUAACCUGCAGCCUCUUUCAGGUCGCAUAUGUGCCUUCAGUGACGUCAUCCCUGAGCUUCAACUCACACACACCAAAGACAGGGCAGAGCAACCAAGGAAUGACACAGCCUGUCAGAGCAUGAAAGAGGGACUCGACAAGCUUCCCAGGAUGAAGCCAAGGGAGGGCACAGAGUUGCGCUUCUCUGUUAUCCCCGAGAAGAAAUACCCCGCUGGUGCUACACCGGCCGAGAUCACCCAGUGCAGCCUGGACCAGAGCUAUGCGCUGGAGGCUGUGCUGGAGAAGAACCAUGAGCUGCAGCCUCUCAACCUGCUAGGUGAGCUGCAGUUUGCCUUUGUGUGUUUCCUGAUUGGAAAUGUAUACGAGGGCUUCGAGCACUGGAAGAGUCUCCUAGCUUUGCUGUGUCGAUCAGAGGAGGCAAUGCGAAAGCGUAAGGAGCUCUAUCUGGGGCUCAUCGGCGUGCUUUACCACCAGCUCGGAGAAAUCUCGCCUGACUUCUUUGUCGACAUCGUGUCUCAGAGCAACUUCCUCACCUCCACACUGCAGGACUUUUUCCAGUUUGCAAGUGGACCGGGUGUAGACGGCACGCUGCGUAAGAGAGCAGAGAAGUUCAAAGCUCACCUCACUAAGAAGUUUCGCUGGGACUUUGAUGCAGACUUGGACGACUGCGCCCCUGUGGUGGUGGAGCUGCCUGAAGGUGUUACAAUGGACUGAGACUGUAUUAUGGAUUCUGUGCACAUGCUGGAAACGUAAGCGAGAACAGGAUCUGACAUAAUCUGACACUGAAGGAGAGCAGUACAGCUUGGUAUUGAACAGCACAUCCUAAGGUUCUCAGAAGGCUUGAGGAAACCAUCUUAAACAAUAACCACUCUUAGUUUCAGUAACACCAGUAGUUUUCUAACAGUGUGUCGAAGGAUUUGCAUGUGGGCUUUACAACACCUUCUCAUAUAUGUACACCAUUUGCACCCUGUUAUAUAGAACAGCUAUAGAAAAGCUGAACUCUACUAAAUGUCAGUGGUGCCCUCUGGUGGUGGAUUUCUCUCCAAGUUGCCAGGCUAGUUUUAGAACCCCAGUUGCAAUGUAUUGCCAAAAUCAACCCCCUAGUUUUUUUUUAUAUCUCACUAACAUUGGAGAAUGUAUCAAUGACUAUGCUAAGGUUUAAAAACAAUGUCAUACACAGAGCUAUGAUCUUCAACAAUAUUGAAAAAAGGAACAUGUUCUCUAGAACUGCCACAUGGUAUGGAUAAAGAAUUCUAGAUAAGCAGGAUGUCGCAAGAAGAAAACAAAAGUAUAGUAUUGUGUGACUGUAGUAGUUUUGUACCUUUUUUAAAAAUAUUAAAAUAAUAAUUUUGGUUGCCACACUGUUUAGAAAAUGACGAAGUUGUGGUUUGUAAUGGUAAAUUGUUCAAACACACGACCACAUCUGAGCUUUUUUCUUCCGAACUUUUCUAUGAUUUAUUUGAUUUAAAUUCCCUCGAAUAAAAACAAUUUUUGAUACGAAA